GGGAAGCGUUUGUCGGCUAUCGAAAUAAAACAAUGACAAUUUAACCGUCUAAACUACAUGGGAAAUGAGCCAAGGCGCGGCCCUGACCCGCAGUCGGGUGAGCGGCGAACAGCUUGAACUCCUACUGUCGUUUAUGGAAGAACACCCCGACUUUGCAGCGAGCAAGCAGUCGGUUUAUUCCAGGCUCAGUUCGUGCAAGCUUUGGCGUCUGUUGGCUGAACGGCUGAACGCCGUUGCCCAGGAUUGUGGAGGCGCGAGAAAAUCACCCGAUAAGUGGUGUCGAUACUGGGCAGACAUCAAGUACAAGGCCCGCAAGAAGACAGCGGCCGGCGGAGCCCUAGGAGACCUAUCCAGUGUUGAGGAGCGCUUGGAAAGGCUGCUCGGGAGCAGCGCAGCGUCCUCAAGCGGACGGCGACAGAGUUCAGACGACGAUCGCAAGCCGGGCAUAGACGACGACAUGUGUUCCGAGGGUUCCGCCCCGGCUACCGAGGGAAAACUGUCCACCGAGGAACUACUCGCUGAGGCGGCCAUGCGCAGCGCGCUAGCGGCCGAGAAGCAAGCGGAGGCCGUAGCCCAAGGAGUGGAGCUGCUCAGAGACCUGGUCGCCAUACUGCGCGAGAGGCCGCUCGCCGCGCCCACUCUACCGCCAGAAUAUCAUCAUCAUCGACUAUGAUAUGA